AUGUAAAGAGAGAAAAACUAGAUACUAAGCUAUUAAAAUAAAAUGGAUUAAUACUAUUAGCAAAUUAUAAAAAGCCAAUCAUCUGAUAUGCCAUAAAACAUAAUCUAAUAAAUUGAGACAACAAUAGGUACAUUAAAGAUUAUCAAAAAGCUAGAUCAAGGAGCUAUUGGUAAAGUUUUCCAAGCAGUCAAUCUUAAAAAUAAUGAGGAAGUAGCCAUAAAGUUAGAAUCUACCAAAAAAGAAAAGAAAUAACUCUAAAUAUGA